UUGAAGUUUAUACAUGAUUCAUCCAUAAAAAGCAUUCUGUCGACAAUUUAAAAAAAAAAAAAGUAUACUAGGGAAAACUGUAUUAUUUAACUGAAAGAAAAAACAGCCUUUGCUGUAGAAGGGGAAAGAAACCUUGGUCAGGGAUAUUUUUAUGUGUUGUUCCAAGUAGUUAGGCCACAAUGAAAUAAUCCUUAGACAGUGAAGCCCGCCCACUCAGCUCAAUAGGGAAAGCGCAGAUCUGCAGAUCGCGAGGUUGCAAGUUUGAUCCCCGGGCGAGGUGUAAAAGACAUUGUGUCUGAAAUCAUUCGUCCCCCACCUCUGAUUCAUGUAGGGAAUUUGGCAGUUACUUGAGAACAGGUUUGUCCUGGUAAGUGGUACAGAAUCCAGGAACACUGGUUACGUUAACAGCCCGCCAUUACAUAACUGAAAUACUGUUGAAAAGCGGCGUUAAACCCAAAACCUUAAGACAGUGUGAGAGUGAAUAAGAAAUUGGUUAAAAUCCAUCAACAGGAUGUGCCUUUGAUUAAUUUUGAAAGUAUAAUCCAAGCUGACCGGACAUUUUAACAAACACUAUGAGGAUUGUGCCUUGUCCUGAGAAACUAGGAUAUGUUAAUUCUAAUAUUUCACAUAUAGUGCAAUCUAUUUUUAUAUAUCUGUUAAAUAUUUAUAGUUAUAGAAGAUUGAUAUAAUAAAUAAAACUGUCACUAUAUGAUUAUUUGAAUUUGACAGCCAACGUGCCUAGACAGUCAUUGCAGGAUAUAUUUACUAUUAUGUUGUUGUUCAUAUUAAAGGAAUUAGAUAAAAACAAAUACAGGAAUUUUUGAAAUUAAUUCUACAAUGGCAGACUAAUUUUUUUUAAUCACGAAAACAUGGAUAUUUACGGCAAUACAAGUUGUGAAUUUAGACAUUCAUUUAAUUCUUUGAAAUUCAGAACAAAGCUACACCCGUAUGAUGGGUUUCAAACAAGAAGGUCCAGGAUUAUACCAUUUGUUCCCCAUAUCAUGUCAACAACGUCAUGGGGGAAUCUUGAUCCAUCCGCCAUACCUAACAGCAAUAAUAACAACAACGGAAUAUCAAAGCAGGAACCCGGGUAUAUGUCCAAAUCUUGGGGCAAUAUGGAUGUCCCGCCUUCAGUGCCAAACAACGGCCCAACAGUUCCUCCACCCCCAAAAUCGGAAAAUGAAGAUGAUUUGAACGAUGAUGAAUUAGGCAAUGAUGCUGAGGGGGUUUGGAGUCCGGAUAUUGAACAAAGUUUUCAAGAGGCGUUAGCAAUAUACCCACCAUGUGGGCGGCGGAAAAUUAUUCUUUCAGAUGAAGGGAAAAUGUAUGGCCGUAACGAGUUGAUUGCACGUUACAUCAAAUUACGGACUGGUAAAACUCGGACACGGAAGCAAGUUUCUAGUCACAUACAAGUUCUUGCACGACGGAAAGCGAAGGAAGUUCAGGCUUCCAUGAAAGAGAACUUUUCAAACUUUCAGGACCAGGCAGCGAAGGACAAGGCGCUGCAAAGUAUGGCUGCCAUGUCGUCUGCUCAGAUUGUGUCUGCCAGUGCUAUACACAGUAAGGCCGUCGGUCUCCCAGGCUUACCGCCAGGGUUCAACCCAUCAUCCGUCCGUCCGGGUUACCCCGGAGCCCCACCAAAUUUUUGGCAACAUCCAAAUGCUCAGGGAGAUGUGAAGCCCCCAUAUGGUGCCCCAGGUUAUGGGCUCGAUACAAAACCACCGACAUCUAUGAACAGUGAAAUGACCCCUUCAUGGCAGGGUCGCAGUAUUGCUGGUCCAAAAUUACGACUGGUUGAAUUUUCCGCCUACCUUGAACAGCAAAGAGACGGCGAUCAGUAUCAUAAACACCUUUUUGUGCAUAUAAACUCCAAUGCUGGUUAUGCAGAUCCUUUAUUAGAGGCUGUAGACAUAAGACAGAUAUAUGAUAAAUUUCCAGAAAAGAAAGGGGGUCUAAAAGAAAUGUAUGAUAAAGGGCCACAGCCAGCAUUUUUCCUUGUCAAAUUUUGGGCGGAUAUCAACACAAACGUACAGGAUGAGCAAGGGGCAUUUUAUGGUGUAAACAGUCAAUAUGAAUCUAGUGAAAACAUGACAAUUACUUGUUCUACGAAAGUGUGUUCAUUUGGGAAGCAGGUUGUUGAAAAAGUAGAGACUGAGUAUCCAAGAUUUGAGAAUGGGCGUUUUGUGUAUCGUAUUCAUCGGUCUCCGAUGUGUGAAUACAUGAUAAAUUUUAUACAUAAACUAAAACACCUGCCAGAAAAAUACAUGAUGAACAGUGUGCUAGAAAAUUUCACAAUCUUACAGGUUGUCAGUAACAGAGACACACAAGAGACUGUAUUAUGUAUUGCGUACGUGUUUGAGGUAUCAACGAGUGAGCAUGGCGCGCAGCAUCAUAUAUACAAACUUGUUAAAGACUGAGAGUUUCUCACCACAACAGUGCUUUAUUGACGCUGAAUUCUACAUCUGAAAUACAUAUGUGUGCUGCUAUUUUUACAAAAUGAAGAAAAGCUAAUACAGUGCAUAGACAAAACUGUGACCUUAGGUUGCCAGUACUGAGGAAAAGAUUCGUGCUCUGAGGAAUAGAUUCCAGUGCUGAGGAAUAGAUUCCCAUUGAAUAUUAUCCGGUGUAACAGCUCGGUGAAACACAUAAGAUAGGAGAGAGAAAGAGAGAAAAAAACUUUUGUUAUGCUCUUCACAUUAAUUCAGUUUUAAUGGUCAGAAUGUGAGAAAAUUACAAAAAAAAACAGUUCAAAAUAAUUCUGUUUAAGUUUUAACGCUUAGUGGUGACUUACACUAUAUCAAGUGAAAGAGUUUUGUCUUCCAUCGCUGAUGAUGCAUAAAAAAGUUGACACUUUCUGUGCCAGCAUAGCAAUAAUUUUUACUGUCAAGGUUCGUGUAGGCUACAUAGAUGGUUGAUAAAUUCUAGAUAGUAGCGACAAGCUAAAAUGUCAAAAAAAAACAAAAACUUUUGAGUCUUGCAACAUUUUUUGCAUAACUGUAGCUAUAGGGCUAGUCUUGUGUUUGAGUGAAGGGUAUAGUCCCCAUUUGUUAAACUUGUUGGUUCAAGUGCUUGUUUGCUUUACCCUUGGCACUUUAGAGAUUCAGAAUAACUAUUCUUGUAUUAAAACGAACCAUUCUGUCACAAAAAAUUAUUAAGUGAAUUGUGAUGUAUAUUCCUAAUGGGUAUGUUACUGAACAUAAAACAUAUUUUAUAUAUAAAAUAAUCAGAAGAUAAAAAACA